UAGUUUUAUUUAAAGAGUGAAUGAGGAGAGCGCAGUUUUUCUGCUGUGGAUACUGUUUGAAUCAAAUAUGUCUCACACUGUGACUCUCACCGGUCCCUCGCCGUGGGGUUUUCGUCUGGUGGGCGGACGGGACUUCAGCACACCGCUCAUCAUUUCAAAAAUAACACCUGCGAGUAAAGCAGCGCUGGGCUGCUUGUGCCCUGGAGACACCAUCCUAGCCAUCAAUGGAGAAAGCACAGAGACCAUGACACACAUGGAGGCUCAGAACCGCAUUAAAGCCUGCACAGAUCAGCUUGUGUUGGCCAUCAGCAGAUCUGGAAAGGUUUGGUCUCCAACUGGAAUAGAAGAAAACAAGACAAGUCCAUUCAGCGGCACACUGGAGUCUGAGUCACAGACCUUUCGACCAAUCAGCAGUGGCUAUAGCCCCACUCCCAAGAGUCCGUCCCCCAAGAGUCCCAUCACAGGCGGUGUGCCCUACAAUAACGGCAACUCCAGACCUACCUACAACAAUCCAGCUGGCCUGUAUUCACAAAAUAAUGGAAAUGGUGCCCUACCGAAGCAGAUGGCAGGCCUCAGCCUGGGCUCCCCCCACAGUUUCAGCCCUGAACUGCCAGUGAAUUCAUCGGGCAACCGCAACGGUUUCGACACACAGUCAGAUGUCUACAGGAUGCUUCAGGACCAUGAGGAACCUGUGUCAGCUCCCAAACAAUCUGGCUCCUUUAAAUACCUGCAGGGAAUCCUGGAAGCUGAGGAUGGGGGGACCUCACCCGUGGACAGACAUGGUGUCAGAGGCUUGCGUUCCCCUGUCAAAUCCCCCGUGCCAAAGCUGGGCAGCCCCAUACCGGCUCCUCUGGCACCAAUCCCUGGCUUACAGAAGCUGCCGCAGUGCACACGCUGCGCAAACGGCAUUGUGGGAACCAUCGUGAAGGCCAGAGACAAGCUCUAUCACCCCGACUGCUUCGUGUGUGAUGACUGUGGGCUGAAUCUAAAGCAGAGAGGAUAUUUCUUCAUCGAUGAGAAUCUGUAUUGCGAGAUGCAUGCCAAGGCCCGUGUGCAGCCUCCGGAGGGGUAUGACGUGGUGGCAGUGUAUCCCAACUCCAAAGUGGAACUGGUCUAAGCAUACACACACACACACACACACAGGUUUUCCUUGAGGAUUCAGCUUGGCGAAGUGGAAAUGAGAAUAACAAACUGAAAUAUCUUUUUCAGUCCCUGCUCAACUUUAUCCUGGACUCACUUUCUGUAGUUUGUUAACCUGCAGUUAACCUCGUACCGAAAUCGAGCAGCACCUAUUUCUAGGUUAGACGGCCUUCCUAACAUUCGUACAAAGCAAUUCUAGUGUUGCUUUAAGUUUGAAAUGCAAGAUAGCAGAAUAGACAAAACAACAUCUGUUCACCUAAAUUCCAGUGGCACACCAACGAUUUAUUUUUCUGAAAGCUGUGGUGAACUGAGGUGCUCGAAAAGGCCACAAAGAAUGUUUCGAGCCAUGUGGAAAAUGGAAAUGAUAUUCAUUUAUUCAGAACGUUUGGGACGGUAUGUUUAUUCUUUGGCUAAGAAGCCAAGUCGUGUUUUUUCUAGCUUCCAUCACCAAACCCAGCCGUAAACGGAAGAAAAUGAGACUGUAGGAAUGGAAAACUGCAUUUGAUUGGCUCUGAGCAAAAUUAUGCUGUAUCCGUGUUGCAUGUGAAUGUAAUCUGACACGUAAUGGCUUUUCUAAAUGAGUCCGAACACAAUUUCUGACACAAAUAUGCAUUGCAUUCUUAAAAGAAACUCUAUGGACAGUUUUCUCAUUUACAUCAGCUAUCUUAACCAUUUGAAGAGAAUAUUGCUAAAUGACGCUUUUAUCUAUUCAGCAUGUUUUCUGUCACAAAUCUUGCUAGCUGAAAAAAAAAUUUGGUUUAAUGGCGUAGACAUUUCUAAAUAACUCUAUCACUCCCUGCUGAGUACUGAUGUUCAAACACACGUUAUGUACAAUAGCAUCACAUGGUUGAAAUGUGUUGGCCAAGCGAUUCGGACUGCGUUUGCAUAUUUGCGUACAGUAUGUGAUUGAAACUAGAAUUAUUUUGAUGGUUUCAAUGGCUUAAUGUAAAACGAAACCAGAAUAGUAAAGUAGAUAUGCAUUUAUUUUUUUGUCUUUUCGUUAAGUGGCGAGGCUUUUGUAAAUUCUGUAAAAAAUGAGAAAUUUUUGUUUUUCUAGUUUCUUAUGAAUGAUAUAUUGAGUGGGUUUUAGAAACAUGUAACACAUAACUUUACUUUGUUGUACUAAGAACCUUCUGUAAAUAAUUUGAAUGCUAACAGAUCAUUUUUCAUCAUAAUGACAUUUAAACUGAAAACGAAAACUAAAAACAGGUACUUAGAGUCAUUUUAAUGGAUUAUGUCAUUCCAAACCCUUCUGACUUUCUUCUGUGGAACACAAAGGAAUAAUGCUCAUGCUGGCCAGAUGCAGUUAAGCUACUAAAAAGCAGCAUGAAAGUAUUAUAAAAAAUAGUCCAUAUGACUUGUGUGCUGCAGUCUGAGUUCUGUGAAGCCAAACAAUAACAUUGUGUGAGGAUCAAACCAAAACUGAAGGCAAUAUUGUGGCUCAUAUUCCAUUUUCAAAACUGCUUGAUAAUCACACUGGUUUAACUAUUAUUUCUUCUUGAAGAUGUGUGAUUGUUUCUCAUUUACAGUCAUGAAUGUGCAUGCGAAGUCUUGACACGCAGAUGUGCUUUGGAAACGCUGUGCAAAUUUUGGUUAUCAAUUGUAAUAGGGGUCAAACUGAACCCCAAGGGUUUCCAUACGAUUUGCCAAAAAAUCAACACUUUGUGAAACAGUAAACGGUCAAACACGUCCAUCUAGCGUAUGUUUACAUAGAAAACAAUGGUAGCGCAUUGGAAUGAAAAAACAUGUUCUGUGUGAAUGCCCCCGAAACUAUUUAUUUAUUACUAUUUGGUCUGCCAUAGCUCUCAAAUAUCUUUAAUCUUUAAAGAUGAUGCAUCAAGACAUUGCAUCAGGAAUCACUGGUUCUCACAUGAAGACCUUGAUUAGUUAAUACAGGUGUGUUUUAUUAGAACAGCAGCCAAACGCCGCAGGAUAGUGGCCCUCCCAUUGGAGAUUUGGACAAUCCUUUACUAAACAGUUCCACAGAAGAAAGCCAUGCAACUUUGUAAUCCCACAAAAAAAUGGAAAGAACAAGAAACAAGCAGGUUUGUUUUGAGCAGAAUGCUAACUGAGUCUGUGUCUGUGUCAGCACCUCCCAAAGCUCCUGUGGAUGUGUUUCCAAACUAUUGCCAAAUAACCAUUCGCUGUUUUUACUGUCACAACAAGCACAUAUGCUUUUGCUUAUCAGACACACUCUGCAUAAGUGACCAACAUUAAAAUCUACUUUCACUGC